CACCCAAACGCAAAGUGUCAGGCAGUGCGGAUGUAGCUUAGCUGUCAAGGAUCUAAACAUCGCUCUGCUAAAAGAGCCUUGUAUAGGAGAACUGGCUGGGGGUGCAAUGGAAUCGGCCGAAAGUUUCUCCCCUCUGGUGGUGCUUGAGCUGGUCUCAGACACCCAAGAAGGAGCCAUCACUUGGCUGCUCCAGAGGAUACGAGAUAAACAGCGAGAUGGAGGUGCUGAGUUGCUGGUAGAACAGCUUGGACCUGGGGUAGAGGUUCAAGAGAAACAAAAUCCAAAUUUAUUCCUGAUUGGGGCAUCAUUACAGAGGCUGUUGUCUGGAGCUGAAGAUUUGGGUCUUUUCAAACAAUUCAAUGACGGCUCCAUGAGGAGCUUCACCUGUGCAAAUAAACAUAACUUUAAAGAUUUUCAAGGUGAUGGAGAUGGCUUCCUGAGCAUGGCUGAAUGUCAGUACAUAAUUAAACACGAGCUGGACACUCUACGAGCCAAAGAUGAGACUCAUAUACCAGGAUAUACACAGGCGAAGCUCUACCCUGGAAAAUCAAUUAUUCGCAGAUUACUGUCUAAAGGAAUCAUGGUUCAGAUGUUUCCUCUCCAUGAGAAGGAAGAACUGAAGAGACUCUCAUUUUCAUGGUUCAAAAAGGUCAAGCUGUCUCAUCAACCUUUGGAUGACAUCAGACACUACUUUGGAGAGGGUCAGGCGCUGUACUUUGGUUUCCUGGAGUACUUCACUUUUGCCCUGAUUCCUAUGGCUUUAAUUGGUGUGCCUUAUUAUCUGUUCGACUGGGAGGACUAUGACAAAUAUGUAGUCUUUGCAGUCUUCAACUUGAUUUGGUGCACUGUUAUACUUGAGUUGUGGAAGCGGUUCAGUGCCACUCUUGCUUACCAUUGGGGAACACUGAGCAGAAAAAAAGCCUUUGAAGAGCCCCGCCCUGGCUUUCAUGGGGUCCUGGGGUUCAAUCCAGUCACAGGACGCGAGGAGCCUUUAUACCCCAAUGCAAAGAGACAGCUGCGGAUCUACUGUGUGUCUGUGCCCUUUGUGCUGCUGUGCCUUUACCUGUCUCUAUAUGUCAUGAUGAUAUACUUCCAAAUGGAGGGAUGGGCCCUGUCUGUCCAUGAUGAAGACCCUACAUUCUGGACUGGCAUCCUGCUCUUCAUCCCCAGUAUUAUCUAUGCAGUGGUCAUUGAGAUCAUGAACCUCAUCUACAGAUAUGCCGCAGAGUUUCUCACAGAGUGGGAAAAUCAUAGGCUGGAGUCUUCGUAUCAAAACCACCUCGUCCUUAAAGUUUUAGUUUUCAAUUUCUUCAACUGCUUUGCCUCUCUCUUCUACAUUGCCUUUGCAAUGCAAGACAUGGCACUGCUCAGACAGAGUCUGGCCACGCUGCUGAUCACCAGUCAGAUCCUAAAUCAAUUCAUGGAGGCCUUCCUGCCGUAUUGGCUUCAGAGGAGACGCAAUAAGAAGAUGAUCCGAAAAGUCAAGAAGACAACACUGGAGGACAGAGCGCUGCCCUUAGAGGAACAAGUCCGGCUGGAGGCUGACAUGAGCACGUAUCUGGGGACUUUUGAUGACUACCUGGAGUUGUUCCUGCUCUUCGGAUACGUCAGUCUGUUUUCCUGUGUGUAUCCACUGGCUGCUGUCCUGGUCGUGUUGAACAAUAUCACUGAGGUUUACUCUGAUGCCUUCAAAAUGUGCCGUGUGUUCAAGAGGCCUUUCUCUGACCCAGCUGCUAACAUAGGAGUCUGGCAGCUGGCCUUUGAAGCUAUGAGUGUGAUUGCCGUAGUGACCAACUGUGCUCUGAUCGGCAUGUCUCCACAAGUCAAAUCUUACUUCCCCGAGUCUGAGAUGCAGCUCAUUCUGUGGACAGUGGCCAUUGAGCACAGUCUCCUGGCUCUGAAGUUCAUCCUGGCCUUCCUGAUCCCUGAUGUUCCUAAACCCAUCCAGAUUGAACUGGCCAAACUGGAGUUUGAGUCACUGGAGGCACUAAAGAAAAAGAGGGCACAGCACAAAGUAAAAUGCUGGAGACCUCUGAGCUAAGUAAAGCCCUGUUCUCAUCAUGAGAGAGAGGUCCACAGAUGUUGAACAGAGAUCCAUCACAAAAUCCUACAACAGGACAACUUUAUAUAACUUACAGCGGUUUUCAACAUGGAGACUCCAGGGAACAGGAGAAAGGCAAUAGACUCUUAUUUAAGUGAUAUCUUUGCACAACAUCUAAUUCUAUAAAUACCGGUUUGCCAUUGGUGUCGUUUCCAGAUUAUCCACAUGUGCUGUUACGCAUACUAGUAUUACAUCCUUAUUACAUAGGACUGUUAUUUUAUUAUUCAUCUUGUUCAAAGUCUAAUUACCAGGUACAGUUUACAAAUACUGAAAAAAAGAGACACGUUUCAGAUUCCACAUUUCAGACUAAUAUUAUCUAACCAUAAAGUCACAAAGACCUAUUUGUUUCAGAAUCAGCAGCUCCCAAACAUUGAGGUAUUAUAGACACUUGUAUAAAAUGAAUGUACUGUAAAACGAUAUUAAUUUGUUGGUAUUACAGGGAGUAUAUAUGGGGGGAGUGGGUUAUUUAAAAUCACAUGAAUUGCUGCAGUGUGCACAUUUAAAAAAACUGUAAGAUUUUAUGACAAAAGAUUGUGUCACAUUGCGCUCAGUCACUUUGGGUUUUCUAUAUAAGUGUGUAUUCAUGUUACAGGUAGCUUAAUUUGAUACUGUAAAAUCCUAACCUAUGACCAGGUUUGAGCUGUCAUAUACAUAUAAAGUCAUAUACUGUACACUGUCGCAAAUGGCAAGAUUGAACACAAAGCUAUACUUGCAUGUCUGCAGUCUGUCAAAAGGUAAAAAUGAUAAGUCGAAGAAUCACCAAGAUGCCACAAUUUACCUUUUCAAACCGAACUUUUAUCAGGGUUUUAUUCUGACAUGCAAAAGCUGUGUAAUACAUUAGUGAUAAACAAGAACUUACAAGUCAUAAAAGCAUUACUAUUACAACAAGUUAAUAGGCAGACACACUCCAGUAAAGUCAAAAUGGAUAAAAUGUGUAUGUAUGUUUUAACUUGAAUACAACUGCCAGUAUUAGAACCAUACUAUAAUAAAAUUCAUCAAAGAAUGAUGUCCAGUCACAAAGAGUUGUUACUGUAGCAGUUUCCCUCUGAACAGUAUCUUGUUAAAAUGAACAACUGUCAUUCUACCAAAUACCAAAGCACCUCCAUCUCGCAGUGUUGAACAUGUUUGUUUGUGUUUCUAUCCGACAUUGGCAUUUUGCCUGUCGCACCUGUAUUAAGCACGUCACAUGACCAGGGUAUACCUCUGAUUAUGCAUUUAUGUCAUUUUUGAUGUAUGAACCAGCUGGUGCCUUCAACGCAACCCUGUUUUACUGCACUAAAAGUAAAAAUAGCAAAUGUACUGAAUGCAUUAUAGACAAUAAAAAUGACUGAGAACUAAA